UAUUUUUUCUCUCUGUUCCGUGCUUCAAUGUGAAUGAUUAGAAUGCUAGUUGAAAGUGCACAAUUUCUUCAUAUUAUUUAAUAAGUAAUAACAUCGACGGGAGUGAUUAAUAUAAGUUUAUUAUUAUUAAUAUAUAACUUAUUGCGGAGUGUUUUCUGUGUUUUUGUUAUAGAUCGGGAUUAGUGUUUCCUAAAUUUCCAAGGAUUUAAUUUCCUUUCUAGUUUUCAGGAUGACGGAUGAAACAGAUGUGUCCCAAAUUCCACCACCACCAGGAACGGAACCUUCGGCUCCUCCACCACCACCUCCUCUUCCCGAAAGUAAACCUCCUCCUCCUCCACCUGAACAAAACUCUCAUCAGCUGGAGCAGAACAAUUGGUUGCCAUAUUAUAUGGCGAAUGGUUUUAAUUUUAGCCAUCCUUACAGCAGUUAUGCUCAGCAGCAGUAUUGGUAUUCAGCAUAUCCGUACAUGAGUGGAAAAGAUUUAUCAAAAAUUCAACCUCCACUACCUGCUCCCCCAUUACCUCAAAAUAAUAAUACACCCAGAGCUCCUAUGCAGUUUUCUAGUAAACCAAUAAGGUUUCAGUUGAAUGGCAAAAGAUUGCCAAAUCCUAGUGCUAUGGUGACUGGCUCCCCCAAUAGUGGGGCAGCGAAGAAAAAACGCAAGAGGAAUCGUAACAAUCAAAUGCAAAAUCACAUCUUUAAUAAUGCACCACCAUUACCUCCAAGUGAUUUCAAUAUGCCCAAGCCAGAACCUCCACCUGAAACUAUGCCCCCUUUACCACCACACCCUUCUAACAAUGAACCCCUUCUUCCAAGUUUGCCAUUGGGAAAAAACCAACAAGUAGUUAACAAACCAGUUCAGCAACAUUUAAAUGGAGGCAAUCCUACGGAGGAUUGGCCCCAGAGUUUGAAAGAUUAUGUGCAUAACUGUUACUCAAAGUGUAAAACCACAAUAGAUAAAAAUCAGGUGGAGAUUAUUCUGAAGGGUAAAAUCACUGCUGCUUAUCAGUCAGGUCAACUGCACAAGGAUUGGUCAAAAGAGCCUCUGCCCAACAUUUAUUCUGACAGCAAACAGGAAAAAACUGUGCAACAGGGGGGGAAGUUUACGGGACAGGUGAAAACUGUGGUUGGCCAAUUGGCCCAGUUCCAAAAUUCACACAAAAAGGGCUUAUCCCCGGCGAUGGGGGCGAGGUUGGGAGCCAGGGCUUCUUUGAGGGGACGAAACGCUUCUAAUUCUAGGUCUAGGUCAAGGAGUCCAAGGAAACAGUCUGGCAGUAGGAGUCCACCGAAAAGGCAUCGCGCAACUAGUUCCAGCUCAUCUGAAGAAAACGGAUUUGUGCCGUUAAAAUCGAAAAAGAGCAAGUUGGCGAAUCGUCUGGGUCCUCAGAAAAAGAACAACAAAUCAAAGAAGAACAAAGCCAAAGAGAAAAAGGCGCCCUUCUACCAAAGUUUCGGCCAAGACGUUGAAGAGAACAAGGAACUGCUGGAGCAACGGGCCGCCAGAUUCAACAAUGGCCCAAGAACUAGUAACGUAAGUCCAACCGACCGCUCAAUGAUUGAACAUCUUUUGUCCACGUCGCAAGACGAUUCGAAUCCGGGCGACUUCGACUGGUCGGGUGUUCACAUAGUUGGCACGUGCCAAGAUAUAGAAAAGUCGUUUUUGCGCCUCACGAAAGCGCCAGAGGCGUGUGACAUCCGUCCUGUCGAGGUUUUGCGCAAAUCCCUCGUUAACGUUAAAGACAAGUGGCUCGCGAAACAAGACUAUUUCUAUGCAUGCGAUCAGCUGAAGAGCAUUCGUCAGGAUCUUACUGUCCAAGGUGUGAGAAACGAGUUCACGAUUCAGGUGUACGAAACUCACGCGCGGAUCGCCCUAGAAAAGGGCGACCACGAGGAGUUUAAUCAGUGUCAGACUCAGUUGAAAGCAUUGUAUUCCGAUGUAGGCGGCGAUAAUAGGAACGAAUUCGUCGCCUACAGGAUACUGUAUUACAUCUUCACAAAGAACACCUUGGACAUAAUGACGAUAAUGAAGUACCUCUCGCCGGAGGAAAAAGGCGAUCCAUGCAUAGCGUUCGCGUUAAAAAUGCGAUCCGCGUGGGGUUCGGGCAAUUUCCAUCGGUUUUUUAGGAUGUACGCCGGCGCCCCACUCAUGACUGGCUUCUUAAUUGACUGGUUCAUUGAGCGGGAACGCAAGGCUUAUUUAAAGUGUAUUAUCAAGAGUUAUCGGCAGACCGUAACGCUGACAUUCUUGACGCAAGAGCUAGCUUUCAAUACGGAAGAAGAGUGUCUCGGGUUUCUCGAUUCCUUCUCGUUGACUUUCACCGAUCCCUCGAGGACUGUUGUCGAUUGCAAAGGCAGCAUGCCCGCCUUGUCUAAUUUCUAAACAGGGGGUCUUCGUUUUGUAUAAAUCCCCCCCCCCCCCUGAAACAAGGAUUUUCUUACGAAUACUUCCAUAUAAGUCUCGUUCACGGCUGAGGAGUUUCGUUGGCAGAUAUCUUUGACCCGAGUUGUUGGUCGGUACAUUGUUUCUGGUCUGUGUCUGUAGUGGAGACGCCGCUCCCACACAUCGUUUGUGUAUGUUAUAUCGUUCCGGAUCUGCGCACUUGUUUUCGUUGGACCCUCUGCGCAGCCACGUGAAGCGGGUGGGCGUUACUUCAAGUCGGUCACGUUUUAGCGACCGACGGACUUGUUACAACUGAAUUGAUUUAUAUACAAUUAUAUUUGUACAGCGAUUUAAAUAUUUAUUAACGGUAAAUAAAGUUUUUUUUUUCU